CCAGAGACGAAGGACACAGUGUCACCGUGUGGUGUGAAGGAGCAGAGCCUGAGGAGCAGGAGAAGCAGCAGCAGCAGCCGGAGGAGGACACCAUGUUCUCCGUGUCCACUGUGGUGCAACCGCAGGUUACUGUUCCACUGAGCCACCUCAUCAAUGCCUUCCACUCCCUGAAGAGUCCCAAGGGGACCUCCAGCAGACAGCAGAAGGAGCCUGUUCUGGAGAGUGACCUUCCAAGCUGUGAGCCCACUCUGAACCUCAAAGACCUGGGCCUAGCAGACCUCAAGGAGGAUAGAUUGCAUGACCUUGUGGACCAGCUACUGCCCGGUUUGGUCCUGUCCAGAGAGUCCUCUGGCCCUUCUCCAUCCCCCCGGAACACUGGCUGGAGGAUCUCCCAUAUCUCCACAGACUCCUUUUUUCACAACAAGCAUGGGUUCUCUGGUGCACCAGGGGGUGUUUUGGCCUCUCUUGGUCUCUGCAGACAAAGUCCCACACCUCUCCAGAUGGUGUCUACAGGAUUUCACCACUGGCCGGUUUGCAUCCAAAGUCGAGGGUUUAAGACAUUGAAGUCUAAAACCAAGCGCCUGCAGUCUGGCUACGAACGUGCUGCGGACACAGAGAGCUUCACUCCAUCCUUCAUGAAGUUCUAUCAAAUGGAGAAGGAUGUGUGCUUAACUGACCCGGAAGAGACACUUACCUGGCAGAGAAUGCAGCAUUU